GUUUUCAAAUAUGCCAAAUAUAGUCAGAUAUAGCACUUGGCCACACUAAUAUUAAAAAUUCGGGAAGACCUUAACAAAUUUAAGAUUUAUCAGUAAAUAUGUCUCGCAAAGAAGCCCUCUCACAGUUUAUCAACCAAAUUCACGGCCGUCCCGUUGCCGUCAAGCUGAACAACGGCGUGGACUACCGAGGUGUCUUGGCGUGCCUGGACGGCUACAUGAAUUGUCUGGAGCAGACGGAGGAGUAUGUAAACGGGCAGCUGAAGAACAAAUACGGCGAUGCCUUCAUCCGCGGCAACAAUGUCCUGUACAUCUCCACGCAGAAGCGGCGAGUCUGAAGUAUUAGAGCUUAAGUUUUUACCCUAAAAAUACAACCGUUUCUACAAAAAAUUGCUCUAAUAUGAUAAU